UAUCAUAAGGGGAGUAUAUCAGGUUUGUUUUGUGUGACGGUUGCGAGCAUUCUUGGAGAGACAAGAUUAUCCAGUCAUCUCAUAUCCUUACAGUUCUUGUUUUCUCUCCUCUCCUCUCCUAUCUUGUACAUUAUCAUUCUCAAUCCUCUUUAUCUACAUAUCAAUCACUACUAGGGUUCACAUACUUCCUCAAAACCCAUCUCAUAUUCCUCAUUGCUGCUCAACACCAAACAUACCUUCUCCCUAACAAACCUUAACCUCCCCAACCACUACCACAUAGACCAACCAAAAUGGGCAGCAUCUCCUUCCCCCAGAAACCCGACGCCAACUUCCAAACCCCAUGGACAACCACCCCCCUCAUCGAAUCCAGCACGCUCUCCCGCGCCGCAGGGUGCCGCAUCUUCCUGAAACUCGAGAACCUCCAACCAAGCGGCUCCUUCAAGUCACGCGCAAUGGGCAACCAGAUCCUGUCACACCUCCGCAAGCCCGAGAACGCCGGCCGCGCCGUGCACUUCUACGCCUCGUCAGGCGGCAACGCAGGCCUCGCCGCCGUGUGCGCCGCCCGCACCCUCGGCUACCCCUGCACGGUCGUGGUGCCCGUCUCGACCAAGCCGUUGAUGGUCACGAAGCUGCGGCGGGCGGGCGCCGCGGACGUGAUUCAGUAUGGCGAGACGUUUGCCGAGGCGGGGUCGUAUAUGAAGGAGGUUGUUAUGAUGCAGACGCAGAAAGGGUCUGCGUUGGGGGCACAGGAGGUGGGCGUGGAGGAGGACGAGGUGGUCAAGAUCGCGCUGCACCCGUUCGAUAAUGAGCCGAUUUGGGAGGGGAACAGUACUAUUGUUGAUGAGUUGGUGCAGCAGGUUCCUCUGCCACAGGGUCCCGAGGAGGUCGCUGUGCAUGCUGGUCGUGCGUUGCCUGUUGAUGCUAUUGUUUGUAGUGUUGGUGGGGGCGGGUUGUUGAAUGGGUUGGUUAUGGGGAUUGAGCGGGCGAGGAGGGCGGGAUGGGAGAUGGGGAGGAAAGGUUCGGGUGGUGUUGCGGAUGCAGAGGAUGGCAAUGUGAAGCCUGUGCACCUGCUGGCUGUUGAGACGAAGGGCACCGACUCGCUUGCUGAGGCCCUGCUGCGUCAUGAGCUCGUCUCCCUUCCCAAGAUCACCUCGCAGGCUACUUCCUUGGGCGCUGUCCGCGUCUCUGAACGGACCUUCCGGUAUGCCGUUGCCCCGCCCCCGGGCGUCAGGGUACAUAGUGCUGUGUUGUCGGAUGCGGAGGCUGCGAAGGGCGUGCUGAGGCUCGCGGAUGAUGAGCGGUUGCUGGUGGAGUUGGCGUGUGGCGUUUGUGUUGAGGCUGCUGUCGGCGGUUCGUCGUCGUCGGCGUCGGCUGCGCUGACGGGGAAGAAGAGGAAGUAUGUGGAUGAAGGGUACGGUGAUGAUCGGCUGUCGGCUGGCGAGAAUGACGACGACGCCGUCUCGCCCGUCCGGUCCCCUGCGUCAUCUGCUUCUGCGGCGUCGCUGUCGUCGAAGCUGAAGCAGCUGGUCCCCGACUUGAAUGAGGACAGUCGGGUGGUGAUCAUCGUCUGCGGCGGGAGCAAUGUCACCAUCGACAUGGCGGCGGAAUGGCGGAAACUGUUGAGUGAAGGCUGGGCUUGACUGCGUGGGGAUCAUGGUCUUUGUGAUAUACGAACAUAUAUGUUUUCUCGGUCCAAGAAAAAUAGGCUGCGCAGGUUCUCUGUUACGAUCACUAAUGAAUUGAUGAUUUGUUUAAAUUCGCAUUGGUGCCAUUUAUUUGCCGUUGCAGCAGGAGACUAAAAAGAAACAGGAUCUGAUGUUGAACAGCUGUUGUCCUCUGUUAUUUGUCAGCUGAAGUUCUUUUCUGCAACAGUUGCUGAGUAGUCUCCUAUAAGAUAAUGGCAGGACCUUCCGUGCUUGUU